UCAAGAUCAAGUUAAAAAUAUGGAGAAUCCAUCAGAAUUCAUACUUGGAGAGAAUUUAUUGAAAUCACCACCAAAUUUUGAAAUGGCCAAAAAUCAUAAUGUGAGUAGAAUAUAUUAUUUAAAGAGAGCUCAAAUUAUCCAUAAUGGGAUCAUAAAUAAUUUAGAUAGAUGUCUUUGUUGUUCUUUGCCAAUAUAAACAACUAAAUAUUCCAUCCUUACUGAUAUAAAUGUGUUCAGCGAAUAUGGCACCUCAUACAAAUACCUUAAGUUAUUGAAAACUUAUUUUAUACUUCUAAGCAUAUUUUUGUAAUUAUGAUGACUAUUUCGCAGCAUUAUUGCUGGGCUAUACAAUUUGAUCUAGAAUACCAAAGGAGACCUAUGUAUAAAAAGUCAAAGUUGUAAGAUGAAUUUGAAUAAUUAGUCAUCACUAUUAAAUCGAUUAGACCCUGAACAGUAUUGUAUAGUGAUAAUUCCUAGUUAUUAAGAUGACGUUUUGGAUGUAUUAUAUGCAAUUGCAAUAAUUGCAUAAUUAGUCUUCGUCCGAUAUCUAACAUACUAAACAAAUGAUUAUUAUAAUGUGGAUCAUGAUUAUGAUAGUGAAAAAACAAUAAAAAGUUGCUCAUUCCAAAUUUCAUCAAUAAAUCUAAAAUGGAAAAAAAAUGAUAUCUUAAAUUAUUUUAGAAAUGGCAUGUUGGAUGAAAUCCCGGUUCAAUAUAAUAUAAUUGACUGUUGUUUAAUUUAUGAUAUUAACUAUUUAGAAAAUGAAUUGAAAUUGUAAGUAAUAAAUGUUUAACAAACUGAAAAUAAUGGCAGGUUAAUAUUAAAUUAAAAAUUUAGGUCAUUGAAAGAUAUUAUAAGGAAGACUGUAAAUUAAUUUUAUGUUAUGAAUAAUAGCAACAAAUAUUUGAAGUUCACAGGUAGUGUAUAUAUAACUCUUUCUGAUGAAGUAAUAAAUUUUAUUCUAUAUUUAAGUAAGAAGCAAAAAAUUUUAAAAAAUGCUUUAAAAGGAACUUUUCUCUGAAAGAAUGCCCAAGACCUUCAGAUGUAAUUUGGAAGAAAAAGAUAUCAAAUGGCAACCCUAACUUACAAUUAAUCAAGACUGCUAUUGCAUGUUGCGGAUGGUUACCUAAUAUAGCAAUUGAAGUGGCAAAAAAUGAUUAUAUUUUGUCAAAUCCUGGAAAAAGUUAAGAUUAACUCUAGAUAAAUACACUUUUGAGCUUGGCAACUGCUCUGAUUUUAUUUCUUUCUACAAAAAUUUGUAUAUACACUAUUGAGAAUUAUGUCCAUUAAAGUUCCCACGAUUCAAAGCGUCAAUUUUGGAAAUAAUAUUUAUAACUAAACGAAUUUCUCAUAUGUAUUAUGUUUUAUUUGUAUCCCCCAAUAUUUGUUGCCGUCUACUCUGGUGAAGGCAGUAGAUAAGAAAAAUUGUGGAGAGCAGGUGGGUUAAGCGAAGAUAUCAUUUUGAUUAUUUUAGUAAAUGGCGUUGUAUAAAUAUUAUUUACUAUAAUGGAUAUUAGACAAGCUUGGAAAUUAAUACAAUUUAUUUAUUACAAAUAUUUCAAUUAAGAAUCAAAUUUAACAUAAUUUGAGGCUAACAAAUUACUUUCAAAAAAAUUUAAUUUUCAUUAAAAGAGAGUUGAUCUAACUAUUUUGGUUUUUUAAUGUAGCUAUUAUGGUUAUUUGUAUCCAAUAUGCUAUCCUAUAACCCUGAUAUCCAUUUUAAUUAUCUACUGGUUAAAUAAGUAUUAAUUUAUAAAUUAUGGAACUAAUGAAUAGGUUUAAUUUAAAUAUCGAUUGCCUAAAUUAUUGAUAAUGAUGCUGGUAUUAUCGUAGUUAGGAUCUACUCAAAUUAUUAAGGUUACAUUUUUAGGUUAUACCUCUGGUUGGACAUUCAGCUAUAUAUUUUAUGCUUAAUGUAUUAUUCUAAUGUAUAUAUUUUUAAAAUAACCUGAAUGGCUUUUUAAAAAGCGAACCUCAACUAUUAAAACAAAUCUUGACUUACAAGGUAGCCUUUAAAAUAAUCAAUUAUAUUAUAAAUAUAACCCAGUAGUAAAUGAGAAUUAUUAGUCUAUCUUAUUUUCAGAGAAUUAACAAUCAAGCUUACUAAUUACCUAACUUUUGCUCGCAAAAUAAUCAAGAUAAUAAAAAUAUUACAAUGCUCUCUAAAUUAAAUUGCUGAGAGAAAUUGAAUAGAUCUAGAAAAAAGAUAUGCCAAGAAAUCAAAUAAGGCCUAAUUUAGAAGAUGUCAAUUGA